AUGGGGGCGGUGCCAUCGAGGUUCUGGUUUUUGCUGUUCCCCGCCAACGAGUACAAGAACGUGGUGGCCGGGUUGGAGAAUGCCAGCCAAGCGACGACGCUCUACAAGCUGCACCUGGGAGAGGUCGUCAACACGAGCCCUUCCAUCGGGAGUAACGUGGAGGAGGUCGUCUACAAGAACAUUCGGUUUGAGUCGUGGACCAAGGAUGUUCCCGUGCUCAAAUCUUUGACAAGAAAGGAGUUAGAAAAGAAUUCAAUUGAGUGGAGGCCCCUCCUCAUCUUUGCUGCUGUUGCUCCACUGUUUGGUGUUGGGAAGAGUUCGCUACCCCAAGCAGUAGAUGAGCAGGAUGCGGUAGUGAAGACUACAAGCAGAUCUAUGGGAGAUCUACAGUUCUGCGAGAAGUUGUGGAUUGCAGUUCUGUUAAGGGACGGGAUGGUCGAGCGGCUGUGGCUGCGACCCAAGGAGAGGCGGUGGAAAGUGCCGAACGGCAACGGAAGAAGUCGCCGAGGAAGUGCCGCAGUUGUCGAAGGGAAGAAAGCGACCGCAGCAACGAGAUUGAUGUUGCCGGAGUUCGUUGCUUCAGAUUGA